AGCAGUGGGCAUCCGCUGCGCUGCACGAAGAAGAAACUUCGAGGAAAGAUGCACGAAGAGGAGGAUGGCAGCGAGGCAAACUCCUGCACAGCUUCGCGGAUUGUGGCCACCAAGUCUGUGGAUGUGGCCGAGGUCGAGGGCGCGAAGGAGCAGCCCUCCAAGCUGUGCGGCUACUUGAACAAACUGUCCGGCAAGGGGCCCCUGAGAGGGUACAAGCCGAGGUGGUUCGUGUAUGAUCCGAGGAAAUGUUACUUGUAUUACUUCAAGACUCCCCAAGAUGCCUUGCCACUCGGACACAUCGAAAUAGGCGAUGCGUCCUUCUGUUACGACGUGGAGGGGGAAGAGGGUCAGUUUGAGAUCCGCACGGCCGGGAAGGAGUUCCCCCUGAAGGCCCCCAGCAGGCAGGUGAUGCAUUACUGGCUCCAGCAGUUGCAGCAGAAGCGCUGGGAGUACAGCAACACACGAGGCUCCGGCCAGAGAGACAGCUGGAGCUCCCCGACCCUGGCCCACCCUCCCACUGGCCUUGUAGGCAAAGAAAAUGAUAGCAUCAUUUUUGAAAAGCUAAGUGACAGCAUGGAGAAGGUCCGCAGCGACUUUGCCAUGGAGACGGAAACAGAUGGCGGGGGAAUGGUAGGGAUCCAGUCGGCCCGAGGACCCUCUGCUGCGUCCACAAACCCCCUCAACUCACUCAAAAACAUUGGUACAGAACUCAGGAACUCCAUGUCUUAUCUGCGGCAGGGCCGAGGAGUGGAGAGCAGGCGCAGUGUGUUUUACACCAGUAACAACAGCACAGAGGAGUGGGAGCUGGUGGAUGCCCCGCCCAAGGAUUUCCCUGAACAGAAACAUCAUCAAGACACUCACAGACAUUCCUUCGGAUCAGCGUUUACUUUCGACUUCGUGCGCAACUCGGCGCGGCCUAAGAGGCCUUUGCUUCGAGACAUGAUGGGCUCUGGGAGGUUUGGGCGCAACGUUGAGACGCGGAGCUCUGAGAGCUCCCCAGUGGAGUGCAAUGGAAGCAAACCUUUGGAGAUGCAGCUGCGCCUCCAGAGCCAGCAGGAAGAGCUGAGCCGCAUGCAGCAGGAGCAGGCCAAACUCAGAGAGGAGCUGGCCAGUCAGAAGGAACUGGUGAGGCUUCUGCAGCAGACUCUAAGGACGUCUCAGUGUGAUAGGCCGACAGUGCACCGCCCAGCCGCGGCUCCAGAUUCAUCUCCAGCCUCAGACCAGGCCCAGGUGCAGGUAGUAACCCAGGAAGAAAUCACCCAGCUGGAAACCCUGCUUCAAGAAAGAGAUGGGCAGAUCCAGUCCCUGUGUGGCCACAUGGAGCGUCUUGCUUUGGAGAAGGACAGCCUGCAGCAGGAGCUGAAGGGCCUGAAGAUUAAAGUGGGAGAGAUUAAUGACCAGCUGGGGAUGCUGAUGGAGACCAUCCAGGCUAAGGAUGAAGUCAUCAUAAAGCUGUCGCAGCAGAGCUCAGAGCAGAGUGGAAAUCCAAAUGAUGCCAGUUCACUACCUCCCAACAAAGAGCAGCAGGAGCUGGACAUCCUCAAGGACAGUCUUCAAGGCUACAAAUCCCAGAACAAGUUCCUGAACAAAGAGAUCCUAGAGCUGACAGUAUUACGCAGAAACGCAGAGAGUAGAGAAAAAGCUCUAGAGGCAAAGUACACGGCCCUGGAGGCCAAGCUGUGUCAGGUGGAGAGUAAGUAUCUGGUGCUGCUUCAAGAAGUGAAAACCCCAGUGUGUUCGUCAUCAGAGCAGAGCCCUGCUCGCGAGGUCAUUUCCAGAUUAUUAGAGGAUGCACUGCAGGCGGAGGGCCCCGACCAGCAAGAGCACCCCAUCUUCAAGCCGAACACCGUCAGUGAGUAUGACGUGUAUGGCUUCAAGACGGUGCCUGAGGAAGAAGAAGAGGAGGAGAAGCUGGUUGCAAAGGUGAGAGCCUUGGAGCUGAAGUCCCUGUCCAUGACAAAUCAGGAGGUGUCUGUUGGAGUAAAGUGGGAGAACUAUCUGGCCAGCACCAUGAACAGAGACCUGCUGCGCUCCCCUGAGCUCAAAGCCCUGAUUCGCUGCGGCGUGCCCCACGAGCACCGCUCCCAGGUGUGGCGCUGGUGUGUCUCCUUCCAUGUCAAGAAGUUCCGGGACCACUUGGCACCAGACUAUUAUGAGACCUUACUGAAUGUGGCCCGGGAGAAGCCCAACCCAGCCUCCAAGCAGAUCGAGUUGGACUUGCUGCGUACUUUGCCCAACAACAAGCACUACGCCUCCCCGAGUGCAGGCGGCAUCCAGAAACUCAGGAACGUCCUAAUGGCUUUCUCCUGGAGGAAUCCAGAUAUCGGCUACUGUCAGGGACUAAACAGGCUGGCCGCCAUCGCUUUGCUCUAUCUGGACCAAGAGGACGCCUUCUGGAGCCUUAUAGCCAUUGUGGAAGUCUUCAUGCCAAGAGACUAUUAUACCAAGACCCUGCUUGGCUCGCAGGUUGACCAGCGUGUGUUUAAGGACCUGAUGAGCGAGAAGCUGCCCCGGCUUCAUGCCCAUUUUGAGCAGUACAAGGUAGACUUCUCCCUUAUCACCUUCAACUGGUUCCUGGUGGUGUUUGUGGACAGCGUGGUGAGCGACAUCCUCUUCAAGAUCUGGGAUGCUUUUCUGUAUGAAGGUCCAAAGAUCAUAUUUCGCUUCGCCCUCGCUCUCUUCAAGUACAAAGAGGAAGAGUUUUUGAAGUUGCAGGAUUCCACAGCCAUCUUCAAAUAUCUUCGAUACUUCACAAGCACAAUCCUGGAUUCACGGAAGCUGAUGAGCAUCGCUUUUGUGGACAUGAACCCGUUCCCCUUGAGGCAAAUCCAGAACCGCCGCUCCUUCCACCUGGAGAAAGUCCGCCUGGAGCUGACCGAGCUGGAGGCGAUCAGACAGACCUUCCUCAGGGAGAGAGAGACGAGUCAGGACGGACGGAGCUUCGUCAGCGAUGAUGAGGAGGAUAACUGACCUUAAGCUGAAGCACCUUUCCAGGCCAUGUGGCUGCCGUCUGAAGACAAAGAGGUCACCUCCACACACGAGUAAUGUGUUGCAAUUAUAAAAGGGAUUUUUUUUUCCUAAGGAAUUCUUGGAGUUGGUCUCCGCAUCAAAGCUGGAACAAUCAACUUUAUUAAAAAUUUUGAGUCAAAUCGCAUCAAAGAACCAAAACUUUAAAGGCCUAAUGGGCUUUCUAUCAGUAUUCCUGCCAUUUUUUUUGUAAAUGCUAUAAUUGCAGUAUCCUUGUUUGUCUAUGUGAUGGCCAAAACAGUACACCUGUCUUAUAUAUCUUCCUCCUCCGAUGCCAAACUCAACAUUUGCAGUCCGAAUCAGUAUUUUGAAAACAUGGCUGUGAUCUUUUAAUAGUUGAAGGAAUGAUUGUAUUUUUUUUUUUACUCUUGUUUUCAUUGUGAUUCACUUUUUUGUGCUUUCUCUGCCCCCAGUUCCUUUCUUAAAUGUCUUAUAAUCGUUUGUCUUUAUAUAAAAAUAUAUGUAUAUAUAUAUAUUUUUUUUUUUCCCCGUUGCCACUCAACAGCACAUCUUUUGUGUUUGAUCCCUGAGCUUGAAUCACUUAUGCUGAAAUUCAUAGUUUACUGAAACUUAAAACUUAAGUCUUAGAGCCUCCUAAUCACAUAUUCCACAUUCCAGGUUGUAUGUGGUUCAGAAAUGCACAGAGAGAUUUGCAAUCAAACCUAGAAUCAAAAACAAAAAAUUUCCCAUGUAUUUUCAUGAGACUAUGCCUUCUGUUUUCAUCUCUGGAUUCAGAUCAAAUAACAAGAGAUUCACCGAUGAAGCCUUUAUACUAAUGCUGGUAAAGUAGGCUAUUAUUGGAGAGAGCAUUUUAUGUUAUCUGCUUGUAUUUGUCAGAAUUUUUUCUAGGACUAUCAUUUUUAAUACUUUCACAUUAUUUUAUUCUUAAAUAGCUCAAACUGUUUUCCGCCUACAUUUGUAUUUAAACUUGUGCUACAUUGCGUAACAUCCACUGGAUUUGGUUUGGAGGAAAAUUUAUUAAUUGAUCUCAAAACACUAUAUGUGUGGAUGCCAACAAAUUACCUGAUUAUCUGAAUAUUUUGUUAUAAUUACUAAAGUCUGUGUAUUUUAAAUUUUCCUUUAAAAUGCCCUUCUCUCAGAGUACUGCUCUAAAAAGUAAGACUUGUUGCUUUUCCCCCAAAGAUUAGGGUACUUUAAAGUGUUUAUUGGAUUCAGUUUCCCUCCGACUAAAACCUAUUUGUAAAAUAUAAAGCACAUUUGUAAUGCUCGGAUUUCUAAGCCCCAUCUUAAAUCGCUGAUGCAUUUGCAUUCAUUGUCCUCAGUGGGGCAGUAUAACAUUUGUUGACCCAGUGUUUACGCUCGUUCACAGGUACCAUUCAGUAUACUGUAUUUCAGCUCUGGGGGAAGAGGCUGUGAAGUCAGUGUGUCAGCGUUUUGUAAUGUAUGAGGGAAGUAUUUCAGGAGAUUGCUUGAUAUGUCGACCACCAUCUUUCUCUCUUCCACAUCCAGGUACUUAGACAUGACGGUUUACUCUUCUGCACUUUGGCCAUAUUCUCUGUAACACCUGUUAUUAUAAGACACCAUGUUUAGAUUUGGUUAACCAACAGCGAUAAACUGUUGUUUGAAUGCAAAUCUACAAGAGGGGGACAAGUAUGUUUUUCUCACUUGGCCUUUUCUCCUGUGUGCUGAUGUAUUGUUUACAAAUUGUUUUAACAUUCUUUAUUUUUGAUUUACUUUAAGCUGUUUACAGGGAUUUCUUUGCUGUUAGUUACAAAAUUAACCACUUCUCUGCCACGGUGUUGUCAGCAGAGGCGUUGUGCUCACUAUCUUUAUAUCACCACCUGACCUUGUGAACAAAUGGCAGAGUUACAGUUGUUUUGAUAUUGGAAAUGUAUAUGAUAAAAAGGGUAGAAGUUACAAUAGACAAUUACAAUACGUACAAUAAAUACAGUUUCCUCAUGAGAGCAGGUCUCUCAAGAAAAUCUAAAUGAUCAAACUUGAUUGGUUAAAGGUAAAAGUUUUUUUUUCCUUAGGUCCACUCAUCUUGUCAAAGGGCUCAUAUAGUAGGUUUACUUAUUUUUCAAUACACAACCUCUUGUUCUAAUGUUAGUUUGCAUGCAUUUUUUUGUCAGUUUUAUGUCAUGUUAUUUUCACAUUGAAUAAGCUACAUGUAAAACUAUCAACAUUUUAAUUCUUUCUUUCUAUUGCUUUUUUCCAGCAGUAUAUUGCACAAGUCUAGUGACAGGAUGACAUCAGAAUAUUAUAGGGCACUUCACUUUUUUUUUCUUUUUUUUUUUGGUUUGUAAAUCUCUACAGUAUCUAGUUCAUUGUUAAUCGGUAUCAUGCUAUGAUGAAAAGUGCAAAGCUUUUAUGUUACAAAAAUAAGCAUAUGCCACUGUAUGUUUUUGUAGUACCUGUUAAAAGACAAAUUCAAUAAAACAAUGGCUGACUGAG